UUCGCGUUCGACUCGCGUCUACAGUGCAUGAAUUUGAGUGAUAUCGUCACAUCGCAAUUUUUGCCGUUUCGAUGUUUUGUCGUCACUUUAAUUUACGCUGUCUCAUCUUUGCGCGCGCGCUUGAUACUGCUGUCUACGUAAAGGGUGUCGCGCGAGCAAUCGCUGCUGUGUUGUGUCAGGACUGUCAGAAGUGUGUUUUAAAAAUAACAGAAAAGAAAUAUUUGCUGAAAUACCACCAACAUAUCAUCAGACUGAACCUCGUUCUGUUUUCAUAAUUAGGCCACAAGAGUGACGCACGAUUAUUUCGAGUGAAGUUUUGCACGAGCAAAGAAAAAUAAGGGAUUCGUGAAAGUGGAGCAAUAAAUUGCGAAAAGGAAGAAAAACGCUGGCGUCAGGAGCGAUCGCAAUUUAUGUACACAUGUUUAUAGAUGUGGAUGCAUUCCUUUAAAUGCUCAACACGCAUGCGCAUAAGCGACACAAGUAUCCAGCAGCGAAUAUCGAGAUGGCAGCGAAUAGAGCAAGAUCAGUGCCGAAAGGAAAAGCCAAAGGAGGAGCGCAGGCUGAAAGAUUCGAGGAAAGGGAAGACUCGUAUCAUAAGCCUCCCGUGUAUUCUCGCCCUUUGAUGUUCCUCGUGCCGUUUCUCUGUCCACUUUAAGUCACAUCAAUAUAUACGUAUGUCGACGUAGGGACCAAGUAUUUGCCCAAGUGGCGACGUGCACAACCGUUAAACCCGCUGAGGGUAGAGAAAGUGUAAUUUCACGUGACCACCAAGAAAGCGCAUCGGAUGCUUCGUAAUUCAAAGUGUAAGUUUUCGUGAACGUCGGCAAAGGGGCUGCAUAUGGCCCUGGAUUAUGGUGCUACGUACAAUAUGCACCACAGAAAUCAAUUAGAAGACGUGGGCUAUAGAAGUGUUGAGAUAACACCUGCCUUUACGCAUCUACCCCAGAAAGACAUGGCGAGGGAUACACCAGGAUCACCGAUGUCACGGCCACGGGACUUGGUAUCCGGUGGUGCGACGGCUACUCUCACAUCGGGUGCCUAUCAUACCGCUCCGACGGAUCCGACGGCGCUGCACGGGCAUGCUCUCCAGCAGAAGAUUCUAGAGCUACAGCAGCAUCAUCAACUUCAACAGCAAAUUCUCCGACAGCAGUAUCAGGCGCAGGAGCGACAGCUCGCUGAGCUUCACGAGCAACAGAUGCACCAAUUAAAGCUGUGGGAGCAGCAGAAGCAGUUGGAGGAGCAGAGAAGGGAGAAAGAGCGACUGGAAGCACUCAGGAAAAAAGACAAGCACGAUCACAGCGCCAUCGCUUCGACGGAGGUGAAACAGCGUCUUCAGAGCUUCCUAGUGAACAAAAAGCAAAGGGAAGCUGCAGCGGCAGCCAACGGAGCCGUUUCCGGAACACCAGGCUAUAGAAGUUGGCUUCAACCUCAGUCGGAAUCCACGAACACGACGAAUGCUUCUCAUCCCUAUCGAAUGCCACAGAUGUUACAGGAGAAAUUUGGGGAUGAUUUUCCGCUGAGAAAAACAGCCUCGGAGCCAAACUUGCUGAAGGUGCGCCUUAAGCAGCGUGUCAUGGAGAGGAACAGCGCGGCAACCCGAAACUCACCCCUCAUGGCUCGCCGGAAGGAUCGACUCCUGUCGCACCUCAAGCGGAAGUCACUCUUAGCAAAUUCUGGCAGCAAUUCUGAAUCCGGGCCUAACUCGCCUCCAACGGUGAACAAUUCUCAAGCGAGUCCCACCGCUGGAAGCAACACGCCUAUCCAAGAGGAGGGCGAGAACGCGCCCUAUGGAGGAGCCCUGACGAGCAGCAGUCAACAAGGCAGCCUCUCCGAUCUGUCCCUCUUCAGUUCACCGUCCAUGCCCAACAUUUCCUUGGGCAGACCUCAUGUUCCAUCCAGCUCGACGAGUGGCACAAAAUUGGCACCCGUGUCGGAGGCAGAAGUUCGGGCUGCGUUUACCGCUCGCCUGGGUAUGCCGCUAACUGGACAAAUGCUGCCAGGCACUCUGCCAUUUUAUCCAUCCCUCACUGUGAUCGAAGGUGAACCAACUUAUAUACACAAACAGAUGCAAAACCUGGAACAACCGAGUAGGCAGCAUCCAUUGUAUCAUGGGCCGGCGCCUAUUACAGAUGCUCAAGUAGCACACGCAAGACUGCAUAAGGCUGGUCACCGGCCUUUAGGUAUCCCUUCCGGUCUCGCAGGUAGAACACAAUCCGCCCCUCUGCCACUGGGUCAUCCAAUGCUCCAAGGUGGCAUGAUCGCCCCACCAACGCACUACGAGGAAUACCUCGCUGAAAAACAACUCCAUGACCAACAACAAGCCCACAAUUACCUGAAACAGCAAAUUCGACAGACGGUGCUGACUCGCGUAGGAACACGUGGACAGGCCACCAGUCAGUUGGACGAGGCACCAGAGAGUGAGGAGUCUGAGGUGAUAGAUCUUACGGGCAAGAAGGAACUCCUCGAGGAGAGUGAGAUCUCGAAGCAACAGAGAGACCGGGAACAAUUCCUGCAACAGCAGCGAGAUCUGAUGAUGCGACAUACUCUUCAAGUUAACGAAUCUCCGGCUUAUGCGAGUAAUCGUAGCUCUCACUCCGCAAGGCCGCUCUCCAGGGCACUCUCGAGUCCUUUGGUGCAUUUAGGACCUCAGGGUGCUGGCGGUGGGGACGUGUUUGCCCGAGGAUCACCUCAUCGACCGACUACCGGACUGGCCUACGAUCCUUUGAUGCUGAAGCAUGCCUGCGUAUGCGGCGAGACUGUACGAGGUCACCCUGAGCACGGUGGCAGGCUGCAAAGCGUGUGGGCGAGGCUUUCGGAAACUGGCUUGCUUCAGCGAUGUGAUCGAGUGCGAUCUCGUAAGGCCACCCUGGAAGAGAUACAGACAUGUCACAGCGAAGCCCACGCUCUACUCUUCGGUACAAAUCCUUUGAAUCGGCAAAAGCUCGACAUGUCAAAGCUCUCUCAAUUACCUAUAAAAAGUUUCGUUCGAUUGCCAUGUGGAGGCGUAGGCGUAGAUUCAGAUACAACCUGGAAUGAACUCCACACUGCACCCGCUGCUAGAAUGGCCGUUGGUUGUGUUGUGGAUUUGGCUUUUAAAACUGCUAUGGGAGACAUUAAGAAUGGUUUUGCCGUUGUGAGGCCUCCUGGUCAUCAUGCCGAAACCAAUCAAGCCAUGGGCUUUUGUUUCUUUAACUCCGUGGCCAUAGCCGCAAAGUUACUUCAGCAGAAGCUUGACACGAGAAAGAUAAUGAUUUUGGACUGGGACGUGCACCAUGGUAAUGGGACACAGCAGAUGUUCUACGACGAUCCACGAGUUCUUUACCUGUCAAUACAUCGACACGAUGACGGUAACUUUUUCCCAGGAACCGGUGGACCCACCGAGUGCGGUGCUGGGGAGGGAUUAGGAUACAACGUGAACGUAGCUUGGUCCGGUGGUCUCAAUCCGCCAAUGGGAGAUGCUGAGUAUCUUGCAGCAUUUCGCACAAUCGUCAUGCCCAUUGCCAAAGAAUUCAAUCCAGAUAUUGUUAUCGUGUCUGCCGGAUUUGAUGCUGCUAUUGGUCACCCCGCACCUCUAGGUGGCUAUAAAGUAAGCCCAGCCUGCUUCGGCCGUAUGACGCAGGAAUUACUCACACUUGCUGAUGGCAAGGUCAUUCUGGCUCUGGAGGGAGGGUACGAUCUCGCUGCUAUCUGCGAUUCCGCUCAGGAAUGUGUUAGGGCUCUCUUAGGUGAUGAGCCUACUCCACUUAGAGAGGAAGAACUCACGAGGGCUUCUUGCCAAAAUGCCAUCGACACUUUACAAAAGACCAUUGCCAUUCAGAUGUCGCACUGGCCUUGCGUUAAAUUGGCCGCGCACACAGUGGGUAUGAGCGUGAUAGAAGCCAGUCAAAAGGAACAUGAUGAAACUGAAACCGUAUCGGCGAUGGCUUCUCUAUCCAUGCAACAGCCCACAAACCUCACGACCACACCUGAACAUUCCCGUGAAGUUUCCGAAGAGCCGAUGGAGCAAGAUGAAGCGAAGUGAAGUAAUUGAAUGACAAUAAGUCGUUGGUAAUCUUACUUCUGCGAACCUAAUCACUGGGGAAGGCGCAAGCCCCUAACGCUAGAGAAAGAGGGAGAGAGAGAGGGAGUCAUGAUGGCGUUGCGGCACUUUCAAGAACCAGAGGUUCGUGGUCAGUCACGUCGGACACAGAAUUUACGUGGCCAGAUAGCGUCGGCACGGAGUGCGCUAAUGAUCGGUCGUCGAAUAAAUGAUAGGGCUUCUGAAUGGCCUCUAUGACUCGACGUUCGGUCUAAUCCGCUGAGAGAAGACAAAAAUAUCGACAAGAAGCAUUUCUGUUGGCGAUAUAGAAUGAAACAAAAUGUUGACCAUUUAUAUGGCUAAAGGUACUACUAGCUAUAAGCGUGGCCAUUCUACGCGAAUGCGCGGACGAUGAAGAAACUCGCCUGGUAUACGUGUUUUAACGUUGAUAAGGUAUUGAACAAUUUUCUGAUUAAAAGGACAUUUUUUGGAACGUGGGUGUCAACUCACGGCCUGUCCGUAUGUAUCUCGGUAUUUUAGCGUUAUCUACUCAUUCGUCGAGUGAUGAGGAGGAGGAUCCGAGGUUUUGGCCAUAUAAUAUUCGCCGAGUCUUCAGCGACGUUUCCGAUUAAAGAAUUUUUUUCAAAUGAGUGUCUUGUUAACGGACAACGAACGUGUUUCUAAACGUGACCUGAACUAGAAGUAUGUACUUUGUGCGUUGGGAUAUCGAGAGCGUUAUAAGCGUUCGAGCCGUAAUAAAUAUAUUUGUCACAUCGUGUGUGAUUCUGAGUGAAAAAAAUGUGCCCAUAAAUGAGUAGAUGUGUGAACGCAUAUGUAAAUUUUCAAUCAGAAUGCACAUGCGAUAAGUGGAAUCGAAGGAAUACAUUAUAAACGAAUUCAUAAAAGACAAUAGCGUUAGACUUUUUUUGUUCGAGCUUUCUAUCAGGCGUAAAGGGAUGUUAGGCGCGAUGUGCUGGUCGCUGGCGCUUUGUUUUCUUCUUCAACUAUCCUCUCAUACUUUAUUUUCGUGUUCGAUGCGAACAUUGUGAAUGAGCUGUUCCCACGCAGCAGGAAUUCCCACGUGUCAUUUAUCUCUCUCGGUCAUAGAUGCGGAUAGGUAUGUGUGGUGUUCAAGGCGUUGGAGGAUAUAAGAAAAUGAUUAAAAAAAAAAAAAAAAGAAAACGUUCGUUUAACGUGUAAGUUGGUGUUUAGA